CUGUUCAUUUAUUUGUUGCCUCUGUCGUUCAAAUCAGACAUAGCGGGAAGUUUUUUAAUUCUUCAUCAUGUCGGAAAAUAACUUUUAUGAAAGACUUCGUCAGUUUGAUGCAUAUCCCAAGACAUUAGAGGAUUUCCGGGUGAAAACAUUUGGAGGCGCACUCGUGACCGUAAUAAGUAGCCUUUUAAUGGUGAUACUGUUUAUUUCCGAGCUGAACUAUUAUCUUACAAAAGAUGUUCAACCAGAAUUAUUUGUGGAUACAACAAGAGGACAGAAACUACGCAUAAACAUAGAUAUCGACUUUCCAAAAGUUCCAUGUGCAUAUUUAAGUAUUGAUGCUAUGGAUGUGUCAGGGGAACAACAAUUAGAUGUAGACCAUCACUUGUUCAAGCAAAGGCUUAAUGCAGAUGGAGAGAAAAUAAAAGACACAGAACCAGAGAAGGAGGAACUUGGAGAUAAAUCCAAAGAUGCUGUGGAGGCAGUGACCAAAAAGUUAGACCCCGACCGCUGUGAAAGUUGUUAUGGGGCUGAGACUGGAGAUUUAAAAUGCUGCAAUACAUGUGAAGAUGUAAGAGAAGCUUAUCGAAAGAAAGGCUGGGCCUUCAAUUCCCCAGAGGGGAUAGAACAAUGUAACAGGGAGGGGUGGACGGCCAAGAUGAAGGCCCAACAGAAGGAGGGAUGCCAGGUGUAUGGUUACCUGGAGGUCAACAAGGUGCAGGGCAAUUUCCACUUCGCCCCCGGCAAGAGUUUUCAGCAGCAUCAUGUUCACGUUCAUGAUCUACAAGCAUUUGGAGGACAAAAGUUUAAUUUAAGCCAUGCAAUAAGACAUCUUUCUUUUGGACAAGAUUAUCCAGGAAUCAUCAAUCCAUUGGAUCAGACAAGCCAAUUCUCAGAAGAUGAACAGACCAUGUUCCAGUAUUAUGUAAAAGUUGUACCUACUACAUAUGUUGAUGUAAAAGGAAAAACUUUAUAUACAAACCAGUAUUCAGUGAAUAAGCAUUCCAAAACUGUUGGGAACGGAAUGGGGGAUUCAGGAUUGCCAGGGGUGUUUUUUAUUUACGAAUUAUCACCGAUGAUGGUGAAAUAUACAGAAAAACAAAGAUCGUUUAUGCACUUUUUAACGGGAGUUUGCGCUAUUAUAGGUGGAAUAUUUACAGUUGCUGGACUUAUAGACUCCAUGAUAUAUCAUUCCUCAAGAGCUCUACAGAAGAAGAUUGAACUUGGAAAAGCCACAUGAUGUAAACUCGCAAACUAUUUUUUUUUUAUUUUUGGGGAGGGAGAUUUCCUGAUGAAUGUGUCCAACAAAGAUUGUCUUUUUUACAAUGCCUGUAGUUCAUUGUUUAUUGGACCAUAUGUUGCAUGAUGCAAAGCAAGUGGUGUUGUGAGAAUGUCUAUAAUUCAAUAGUAAUUUUGGAUUAAAAUGCAUAAUUUUUUUUGAGACACAAAGAGAUGAUAUUUGUACUGGAAUUCCUGAUUUUAUUGUGUUUGUAGAAUUUUUGUUAAAAUGAAAACUCAAAAGAUUAAUUAUAUUAUGUACAGUAUGGUACAUGUGUCAAUAUAGGGAGUAUGGCUGAGUUUGUUUUAUAAAUUGAUCUCCCUUUUAUACAUGGUACAUGUACACACUUUCCUAAUGCUUUGUACAUGUAAUAAAUGUUUAAGACUAUUUUUUUUUUAUAUUCUAAAAAAUCAUGUGAACACAGAGGGAAUAUGAAAAACAAUAAAAUCAUCAAUUUUCA